UUUUCGUUAGUACAACAAUGAAAUGUCAGAUAUUUACGAAUUAAUUGUUUUCAAAACAAACAUUAUUAUAUUAAUACAAUAAUGCCAAACUAUAGUAGGAAUUGUAUCGUUAUAAAUGUGCGUCAAGCGUUAGCUAUUAUAAUAAUAUUUAUUUUGAGCGGAAUAAAACAAAGUCAAACAGCAGUUAAUUAUAUGGACAAUUAUGAAAAGAAUAAUACAAACACUCCACCCGUAAUUGUUAAAAGUUUGAACGACACGAAUGUUUACUGCCCAGGAGAAAGUGAUACAGAAUGUUCAGCACUAACUUAUCCUUGCAUCCGAUGUGCAUACAAUAAUUCCUGUCAUUAUGGACGUGAUCUCAAUGUCACAUGUUCAGUGUUUGAACAUGUGCAGUGCCUAGGAGAGCGUCAGUUUAUACGACAAAUGAACUGCCGUUACUGCUAUCAAACUGAACUUUGGCAACAAGCGUGUGUGAUGCGCGGAAAUUGCAAUUCCGUUAAUAACCAAUAUUAUCGGACGAAUUGCACAGUGCACUCUGAUGUAUUGUGUUUAGGCAAUCGUUCAUUUACUCGCAACAUUAAAUGCAAUUGGACUCAAGGUUAUCGUUGGAGUUCUGCUUUAAUAAUAAGCUUAACAUUAGGUGGAUUUGGUGCGGAUCGUUUUUAUUUAGGACACUGGCAGGAAGGAAUCGGAAAGUUGUUCAGUUUUGGUGGCUUAGGUGUUUGGACAAUUAUUGAUGUUUUGCUUAUAUCUUUACAUUAUCUGGGACCAGCUGAUGGUUCUUUGUAUAUAUAAAAUUUGAUGCCCCAUAUAUUUAUUAAAAUUAAUAUAAGAACAUUG